AUGGGCAGGGAAGGCGGGGGUGUGCUUUACCAUGUGCUGAGGUGUGAGGGGACAGCACUUUUCAACCCUCCCCUGUACUUUUUUGGAAGUAGUCAUUUCUAGUUUCUCAUAGGUGUUUCUGAUUUAUUCAGGAGCGGCUAUGAGUCUGCUUCCAAGAACUUCAAUCCAGACGAUGUGGAGGUGAACGUGGCUGGACGAUCCUUUUUGGUCACCGGCGCAAACAGUGGCAUUGGCAAGGCCACGGCCAAAGAGGUAGCGAGGAGAGGUGGCACAGUUCAUCUGGUUUGUCGAAAUAAGGAACGGGCUGAGGUAGCCAAAGGAGAAAUAGUGACAGAAACGGGCAAUCAGAAUAUCUUCUUGCAUAUUGUGGAUAUGUCUAAUCCCACUGAAAUCUGGAAGUUUUCUGAAAAAUUCAAAAAUGAACAUAAAUUAAAUGUGUUGAUAAACAAUGCAGGAUGUAUGGUGAAUAACAGAGAAUUAACUGAAGAUGGACUUGAAAAAAACUUUGCAACAAAUACUUUGGGUACAUACAUUCUGACAACUGCCCUGCUGCCCCUCCUGGAAGAAGCAGCUGAUGCCAGAGUGAUAACUGUCUCUUCUGGGGGCAUGCUAGUUCAAAAAUUAAAUAUAUGUGACUUGCAGUCCGGAAAUGGGACAUUUGAUGGAACUAUGGUGUAUGCACAAAACAAGAGACAGCAAGUUGUCUUGACAGAACAAUGGGCAAAGACUCACAGAAACAUCCAUUUCUCUGUUAUGCACCCUGGCUGGGCCGACACUCCAGCUGUGAGAUCGUCAAUGCCAGAUUUCUAUCAGAAGAUGAAGAAUAACCUGCGCACAGAGGCCCAGGGAGCUGAUACUGUUGUGUGGUUGGCAGUGUCGUCUGAAGCAACAAAGUUACCGAGCGGCUUGUUCUUUCAAGACAGGCAACCAGUCCCUACACACCUACCCCUGGCAAGCACCCACAGUCCACCAGAAGAUGAGGAGAAGCUGAUGGAAGUGCUGGAAGAAAUCUCCCAGAAGUUUAAAUCCACUUCUACAGGAACUUAG